AUGCCUUCCUCAACUACCUUGAUCUUCAUGGUCAUCUUCUGCCUGGAGUCAUUGGCUGCUAUGUUGCAGAAUGGCUUCGUGAUCACUGUGUUGGGCAGGGAGUGGGUGCGGUGCCAGGCACUGUCCGCAGGCGACAUGAUUGUGACCAGUCUCGCCGUCUCCCGGUUCUGCCUGCAUGGGAUGGGCAUCCUGAACAACUUCCUGGCCUCCUUUAAGUUUUGUUACCACAUUGGCUACCUCAACAUCUUCUGGAACUUCUUCAACAGUCUCUCUGUCUGGCUUACCUCCUGGCUUGCCGUCUUCUACUGUGUGAAGAUCUCGUCCUUUUCCCACCCUGUUUUCUUCUGGCUGAAGUGGAGGAUCUCUUGGUUAGUGCCCAGGCUGCUGGUGGGCUCCCUGAUCAUCUGUGGCCUGUCAGCCAGCUUCUUUGCCAUUGAACAAGCAGUUAAUCUUGAGACGAUCAACUCCCAGAAUCCCCACGGAAACUGUACUGCUGCUCCAGCAGUACUGACCUUCUCUCGGUACUACUUUUCAUGUAAUGUGGGGUUUAUGUGGCUCAUUCCAUUCCUUCUGUUCCUGGUGUCCAUCUUCUUGCUCAUGUUUUCUCUAUGCCGGCACAUGGGGCACAUGAGGAACGGCAGGCCUGGGCCUGGCGAUCCCAGCAUCCAGGCUCACAGCAUGGCUCUGAAGUCCCUUGCCUUCUUCUUUAUCUUCUACAACGUGUAUUUCCUGUCCCUGAUCAUUUCUGCUAUGAAAAUCACAACCAUCCAGAGUCACUGGCAUUGGGUCAGGGAAGUGCUAACCUACGCAAGCAUCUACCUGCACUCCCUCAUCUUGGUACUAAGCAGCCCCAAGCUGAGAAAGGCCCUGAAGAUGUGCCUCCUGUGUGCUGCCAGUUCAUAG